GGCCGCUCCUGGAAAGCCCGCGCCCCGGCCCCGCGCUGUCGAGCGGGCUGCGGGGUCCUGACCCGUCGCGGAGCCGCGCCGAGGCGGGCCCCUCCUCGGCCGGGACGCAGCCAUGUUUUCCGAGCAGGCCGCCCAGCGGGCCCACACGCUGCUGUCCCCUCCGUCCGCCAACAACGCCACCUUCGCCCGGGUGCCCGUGGCCACCUACACCAACGCGUCGCAGCCUUUCCGCCUGGGCGAGCGCAGCUUCAGCCGCCAGUACGCGCACAUUUACGCCACGCGCCUCAGCCAGAUGAGGCCCUUCCUGGUGAGCCGGGCCCGGCAGCGCUGGGGCAGUGGCACCGAGGUGAAGAAGCUGUGUGAGCUGCAGUCCGGGGAGAAGUGCUGCGUGGUGGGCACUCUGUUCAAGGCCAUGCCCCUGCAGCCCUCCAUCCUGCGCGAGAUCAGCGAGGAGCACAACCUGCUCCCGCAGCCGCCUCGGAGCAAGUACAUCCACCCCGACGAUGAGCUGGUCUUGGAGGACGAACUGCAGCGGAUCAAACUGAAGGGCACCAUCGAUGUGUCGCAGCUGGUCACAGGGACGGUCCUGGCGGUGCUGGGCUCCGCGAGGGACGAUGGCAGGUUUCUGGUGGAGGACCACUGCUUUGCCGACUUGGCUCCACAGAAGCCUGCGCCAGCCCUUGACACAGACAGGUUUGUGCUGCUGGUGUCUGGGCUGGGCCUGGGUGGAGGCGGUGGAGAGAGCCUGCUGGGCACCCAGCUGCUGGUGGACGUGGUGACCGGGCAGCUUGGGGACGAGGGGGAGCAGUGCAGCGCCGCCCACGUCUCCAGGGUCAUCCUGGCCGGCAACCUGCUCAGCCACAGCACGCAGAGCAGAGAUUCUAUCAAUAAGGCCAAAUACCUCACCAAGAAAACCCAGGCAGCCAGCGUGGAGGCCGUGAAGAUGCUGGACGAGAUCCUCCUGCAGCUGAGUGCCUCCGUGCCCGUGGACGUGAUGCCAGGAGAGUUUGACCCGACCAACUACACGCUCCCACAGCAGCCGCUGCACCCCUGCAUGUUCCCACUGGCCACCGCCUACUCCACGCUGCAGCUGGUCACCAACCCCUACCAGGCCACCAUCGAUGGAGUCAGAUUCCUGGGGACAUCGGGACAGAAUGUGAGUGACAUUUUCCGGUACAGCAGCAUGGAGGACCACUUGGAGAUCUUGGAGUGGACCCUGCGGGUCCGUCACAUCAGCCCCACAGCCCCUGACACCCUAGGUUGUUACCCCUUCUACAAAACCGACCCGUUCAUCUUCCCGGAGUGCCCGCACGUCUACUUCUGUGGCAACACUCCCAGUUUCGGCUCCAAAAUCAUCCGGGGCCCUGAGGACCAGACGGUGCUACUGGUGGCUGUGCCCGACUUCAGUGCCACGCAGACCGCCUGCCUGGUGAACCUGCGCAGCCUGGCCUGCGAGCCCAUCAGCUUUGCAGGCUUCGGGGCGGAAGACGACGACCUGGGCAGCCUGGGGCUGGGCCCCUGACUCGGGUGCAGCCCUGCCGUGUCACGUUAAUAAAGCCUGCACAUUUGCUACUCA